AGAACCCUAAAUUGUGGCUGUGGAACCCUAGAAACAGGGGCAGGCGAUGGAUCCAGUGGAACAUGCGGUGCGGCUGAUCUACAAGGGGCUUCGGCCGCCUCGAAUGCGCCUUAGAUCGCUGGUCCCGGAGCUGCCAUCGCCGAUGACAGCCUUCUUCCUGGUGCUAGCAUCAUAUUUUCUCGUAGUUUCUGGGAUAAUCUACGAUGUGAUUGUGGAGCCGCCAGGGAUCGGCAGCCGCCAAGAUCCAGUAACAGGUGCGAUCCGUCCAGUGGUAUUCUUGCCGGGGCGAGUGAAUGGGCAGUACAUUAUCGAGGGUUUGUCAUCGGGAUUUAUGUUUGUUCUUGGUGGAAUGGGGAUUGUGGCGCUGGAUCUGGCCACGCACAAGGGCUGGAGCAAGAAUGUGAGGAUGUCAUUUGGGCUGGGUGGAAUUGCGGCAGUGGUGAUCGCCUAUGCGAUGAGCGUUCUCUUCAUUCGCAUUAAAAUUCCAGCUUACCUCCACUAGAAAGGGGUAAGAGAGAUGAGAGAAUAAACUCUUUGACUACUCUCAAAAAAUUUCUUUUGUUUCUUGA